CCUUUUAACUUUUAGUCCUAGUAGCAGCUAACCAAGCCAACUACGCUCGUUCCAGUCCAAAUCUAAUAACUACCUCUCUCUCCCUCUCUCUCUCUGUCUCUCUCUGCUAAUGGAAACAAUGAACUUGUGGGACAACUUGGUCGAAGAGGCACUUGUAAAGCUCGAAAAUCUGAAACUCCUGCGGUCUCUGAGACCCAUUCACCUCCCCAAUGACCAACAAUCAAAACCCAUUGAAAAUGAAGCUCAAAGCUCCUCAAUAUCCGACCAUGAAGAAGCCGGAAAAGAUCUCUUCCAGGUGUACGAUGAAAUGCAACAGUGGGACCGGUCCUCUGUGGAGGUCCAGAUUGCAGAAGAAACGUUUCAGAGAUGGGUCUGUGACAUUCCCAGUACUGGGGAUGAGGCUGUCUGCAGAGAUAAAAUAACUGGUAAUGAAGCAGAGUCCUGCCCUCAGCAGUUCAGAAAGCUACUUUUGUUCUCUGGAAAUGAUUAUUUGGGCUUGAGUUCACAUCCUACAAUUGGAAAGGCUGCUGCAAAGGCUGCCCUAGAACUUGGAAUGGGCCCAAGGGGUUCUGCUCUAAUAUGUGGCUAUACCAAUUACCAUAGGCUAUUGGAGUUGUGCUUGGCAGAUCUAAAGAUGAAAGAGGAUUGCCUUCUUUGUCCUACAGGGUUUUCAGCGAAUAUGGCCGUGAUGGUGGCAUUAGGAAACGUUGGUGCUCUCUUGACUGCACGCAGGACACCUUUGGAGGAAGAAAGGAUUGCCAUAUUUUCUGAUUCACUGAAUCAUGCAUCAAUAAUUGAUGGUAUUCGUCUUGCUGAGCGACAAAAAAGUGUGGAAUUGUUCAUCUAUAGACAUUGUGACAUGUCUCACCUUAAUGCACUGUUAUUGAAUUGCAAAACGAAGAGGAAAGUCGUUGUGACUGAUGGUCUAUUUAGUAUGGAUGGAGACUUUGCACCAAUGAUCGAACUUGUGAAGCUUCGCAGGAAGCACCAGUUUUUGUUAGUCAUUGAUGAUGCCCAUGGAACAUUUGUUUGUGGUAAAAAUGGGGGUGGAGUGGCUGAAGAGUUCAAUUGUGAAGGAGAUGUUGACAUAUGCAUAGGCACUUUAAGUAAGGCUGCAGGUUGCCAUGGUGGAUUCAUAGCAUGCAGCAAAAGGUGGAAGCAACUCAUACAGUCAAGGGGUCGCUCCUUUAUAUUUUCCACUGCCAUGCCAGUCCCCAUUGCUGCAGCUGCCCAUGCUGCUGUUCUUGUGGCAAAAAAGGAGACAUGGCGUAGAAGGGAAAUUUGGAAACGGGUGCAAGACUUUCAUGCUCUUACUGGAAUCCCCAUCACAAGUCCCAUAAUAUCUCUUAUUGUGGGGAGUGAAGAAAAGGCCCUACAGUCCAGCCGGCAUUUGUUGAGAUCUGGUUUCCAUGUAACUGCAAUCAGACCCCCAACAGUGCCUCCCAACUCAUGCAGGCUUAGGGUGACUCUCACUGCAGUGCACACAAUGGAUGAUCUGAAGAAGCUCACCACUGCAUUGUCACAGUGCAUUGAUUUCCAAGAUAUUGGCAUCCAAAACUCAAGUGGAUAUGCAAGGCUUUAGUAUUUCGAUUCCCCCUCCCCCACCCCCCCCCCCCCCCCCCCCCCUUCCUGUGGACUGCAUUGAUUCUUUUUUUUUGCUAGAGCAUUGAUUCAUUUCUAGGAUAAUAAUUUAUAUGUUGUAAAUUUUGCUCAGUUAAUCACUGUUGAAUGAUCUGAAUAAUGGAUUUUCAGCCAUAAGCUUUUAUUGCUAGUGAAUGAUCUGGCUAGGUCAAUUUACUCUCA